GUUGGUACUGAAGUACUCGUAAAUAAUGUGGAUUCAGGUACCUGAUAGGCUAUAGGUGACUCUUUUAAUUCUGACCUUGGUGGACCUUCCCUGGCGCUGUCGCCGCAUGGCAACUUCCAUGUAACAUCCCCAGGUACUCCCACCUACCAAUCCACGCAAUCCGUUUACCUCGUCUCCUCUCAAGGACGCUUCAGUCACUAUACACAGCGCUUCCUAUUUCUACCUCUAUUAGGUUCCUUCAUCCUCUGGGCCACUGGACAGGGCAACAAGCGACGAGGGCGCUAGAGAUCCUCUGCAUUCGACUCUCAUCGCGAUAUAUCGAAAUCCAUCUCGAUCCCGAUGAUCGCGCGGCAUCACCAUGUACCACGACUACGAUCAUCAGUCUCGGGAUGAGCGCGACUACUACCGACGUAGAUCGCCGGCUCCUAGGGACCACCAUUAUCGUUCGCGGCAUGGUAAAAUGAUAUGGCCUGGAGGGGACUGCUCGUCAAGGUUAACAAUGAGUUUGUGCUGACUUUCCUGCGGGGAAAGACUCCUCUAGAUCGCCUAGAAGGACGCCUCCAAGGAGCCUGAGAGGAGAGGAUAAUCGCCGCCCACGCCGCUCCCCGGCUGGCCGAAGACACAAUUCCCCCCACCGACGGAAUAUGUCGCCCGAUCAUCAAUACGGACAUUCCGACCGUGCGAGAGAGUAUGAUGGAGAGGGCGCAUACGAAGACACCUUCCGGCCAUAUGAUCGUAGCGUUCGCUCGGCCAGUCAUGGCCGGAGUCGGCAUUACCAAGACCGGGAUGAUCCUCGAAGGCGCCACGACAGAAGCCCUCGGCGCGCCUCCUCGGGCGCGUCGUCGCCUUUCGAUUCAGCCGACGACGGCUACUACCAUGAUUCCAACCGCCGGUCCAGGCCCGGGCGACCAUAUCAUACGCUUAAGUUGGAUGAUGUCCCCGACAGAAUGGGCCCGCAGGAGAUCGAUAGUAUCUUGCGCGAUAUGGGAGCCGCCGGUCUCGUCGAGGUCCGUGUCAAAUCGGACGACAGAGGCACCCGCCGGUCAUAUGCCUUUGCCGAGUUCAAAUCGGAGAACGACGCCGUCGACUUCCUCGAAAGCCAUUACCCUGCCCUCAAUGUCCCCGGCGGCCAUGGCUCUUCCACACGUAUGCCUAUAGAUUAUAGCCGGGAGCGCCGCUAUGCCGCCAACCCAGAGGAUUGGCAAUGCACUAUGUGCCACUUUGAAAACUUUUCCCGCCGAGCAACGUGCAAGCAGUGCAAAGCUCCUAGGUCUUCCGAGAAUGUCACGGACAUAAAACUCGACGGUAAAAGUGACGAAUGUCCACAACAGACGCCAUCCCAAUUUCUUGUCAUCCGUGACUUGUCCUCUUCAGUGACCGAGCAGGAUCUAGCUACCGAGAUUAAGAAGCUCUACGUGGCCAAGGAAGAUGAACCGAAACCAUCCUCCAAUGCGCCGACCAAACUCAAGAGCACGGCUCCCAUCGGCAAUACCAGCGGGCUGGGCGCCAAACCGGGAUCAUUAGUACGCGUUUUCAUGAUCCGAAACAAGUAUUCGGACAUCAGCUGUAAUUACGGCUUCGCCGAAUUCUCUAGUCUAGACGAUGCCCGGGCCGCGAUGGCGAAAUAUAACGCUUCGCCGCAGUUUACCGUCGCAUCAAAGCCAGUCACUAUAGCAUACAUCCAUUCCGGCGUCUUUACACCCUUCUUACAUCCGGUUCGGGAGCAGGACCCAAGAUUUACAUUUGCAGCAACUCAUAACCCGACCCUACGACUCGUCUACUGGAAUCCGUCUGUCUAUGCUAGUGGAUUUGAGGUUUUCAAUGAGACCUGGUAUGAGGACCAGCCCCCAAACUCGGACCAAACCAAGAAUGACGCGGAGAAACCUACGGGGAAGGAAUCAAAGAAGAGAAAGGCGGAGAAGGAUCUCCUAGCACCCAACGGUAAAAAGGUGAUCGCGAUGGCGCCUCAAUUACAAAUGUGGGCAAAUAAACACGCCGAACUUCAUGGGCCGAAGGCGUUGGCUGCUGCCAGGGAUACCAGCGACGAAGCUCCCGCCGAAUUCAGCACCACAAACGCAGCAGAUUCGAAUGUUCCAGCAACAUCCCCGCCACCCUCCACGUCGUAUGCGGAUCUCGACCGAAUGUGUUGCCUGCUAUGCAGGCGGAAAUUCAAGAAUGAGCCUUCGCUGCGACGACACGAGCAAAUAAGCGACAUGCACAAGGCAAACAUUAAUAACAAAAUCCUGAUCGCCCAGGCGAUCAAAGAGUUGCAAGCUCUUGGUAAGGAGCCUGAGUCUAACUAUCGAGAUCGGGCCAAAGAGCGUCGGCUGGCACACAAUCAGCCCAGUAGGCCAAAGAAUCAUCUCCCUAGAAAGAACCCCCCAGCGGCCAGGGACACCGGGUCUACCACCGACGCGCCGCCUGCUAAACCCUCGAUAUCGAAGGGUGCAGGCUUACUGGCUAAGAUGGGAUGGAGCGCAGGAGAGGGCCUCGGGGCAGAAGGGAGCGGGCAGACUAAUAUCCUCGAGACGUUGGCAUAUACCCCCGGUGUCGGCCUCGGGGCCGAGGGCGGUAAGAUCGGAGACGCGGCCGAGGAGGCUGCUAGGGCCACGAAGAACGAUUACGCGGAUUUUGUCUCCAAGGCCAAGGAUAAGGCGAGGGAGCGGUACGAGAAAAUGGUUUAGGGAGUUCUCUAUCGUUGUUGCUUGGAGACAGCCCGUGUAGAUGCGAGGCCAGGCGUGGAGUUAGCUUAAUGGCCAUCCCAUGUACAAAUAGGAUUCGCGGAUGAGUUUAGUGUGUCUGAAUAUUGAAUUAUUGUACCGCAUCCUGUGCCGCC